AUGGAUAAUGACUUAAGUAUUAAUGAUGUGAGAACAAGCGUUCCAAUCGUUGCCGAAAUCAAUAUUUCUGAAAACUUAGUAGCAGAAGUUGUCAAUCCCAUUGACAUAGAAUUCACACCAAAAUUGAACAUGCAGUUUGACACUGAGGAUGAAGCAUACGACUUUUAUAAUGCUUAUGGGGAUUCGAGAAUGAAAAUUGACUAUGGGCAUUUCGGAGACGUCAUCACAUUCGACACAACAUACAAGCUCGUCCAAAGCAAUCGUCCUUUUGCGGCUUUUCUUGGUUUGAAUCAUCAUCGGGAGACUGCUGUCUUUGGACUAGCAUUGAUGUAUGACGAGACUGCCAAUUCCUUUGCGUGGCUGUUUGAUUCAUUCUUGAAUGCAAUGUCAGGUAAAGCACCACAAACGAUUCUUACUGACCAAGAUGGUGCAAUGGCAAAGGCGUUGGCACAAGAUUACAAUGUUGUUGGUAACACAUGGUUGAACAAUUUGUUUGGUUUAAGAGAAAAAUGGGGUUAUCCAUUUGUUGAACAUUGGUUUACCGCUGGAAUGCGGACAACACAGCUGAGUGGAAGUUUAAAUAGCUGCUUGAAAGAGUACUUAACCAGGAAAAUGAGUAUUCCAGAUUUCUUCAUGCACGUUGACAGGCUAUUGUCAGACAAACAGUACAAGGAAUAUCAAGCUGAGUAUGGUUUACUCAGUAAACUACCUAGACUUAAACAAAAUUGUCCCAUUCUAAAACAAGUGGGCAAUAUGUACACAUUGAAGAUUUUUGAACUUUUCCAGGACCAAUUCAUAGAAGCUUGUGUGGUUGCUACCGUGGAAGGAACAAGUUUUGAUGAAAAUGGAUUACGUGUUUCUAGAGUAUCUGUUCAUGAUGGCAGUAUGGAUCGGACUGUGACAAGGUGGGAUGAUGGCUUUUUAAGUUGUUCGUGCGGGAAAUAUGCAAUGGAAGGUAUUUUGUGCAGCCAUGUACUUAAAGUACUGAAAGACGACACUCAGUAUUUCAAAGAAUUACCUUCUAUGUAUAUACUAAAAAGGUGGACGAGAAAAGCUAGGGAUAACAGCGUACAAGACAUCCGUGGAUGUGAAGUUAUUGCUGAUCCUAAACUUGAAGUACGCAGAAGGAAACACAUUAAUGUUGAAAGACAAUGUUUUGAUGUUGAACAAGAGGCAACCAAUUCAGCUUUUUCAACUGAAAGAAGUAAUAAUCAUGAACAUAAUGAAAGUAUCAUUGGGCAAGCCGUGACCGGAAGUAAUGCCAAGGGUAUAAAGAAUAAAGAAAUAGGUGGUAAGGGACCAAGGCGCAGGAAGAAGAAUAAGUUUGAACAAUACAUGCAGAGAAAAAAAAACUAUGCGAAACGAAAGAAAUCAAAUGGCAACAACAGUGUUAGUGCAGGUGUAGGUGGCAGUAGUACCAUGCCAUCUAUUACAUAUGGUUAUGACAUUCCUAGCGACGCCACUUGGAUUUACGAAGAUCAUCACCCAUGUGCACGUUUACAUUCGGAAACAAAUAUCGACCAAAUGACAUAUUGCCCUACCACUAACUUUAGUCAUCCCAGGACUCCACCAACUGAACAGGGGACUCCAUUUGUUUCGUAUCAUGAAUGCCAAUUCUCAGAUUAUCUUGAUGUUGAUCACACCGGUGGUGACUGUAAUUUGAUGCCAAUGUCGGAGGAGACAACAUCCGAGAUCAAUCCUCCAGCUCGGCAAAAUUUGUUUUGA